GAUAUAUGCGGACAAUAAAACACUUUGAAAGCUAUUAUCAGCCUUUAAAUUCCACGUCAACGAGCACACUUUGACUUUAUUUAUGACAUACGAUGUAUGCCAGCCUUUACCGCAAUUAGCUUCCUAAUGAGCUUUUAAAUUAAAUUGGCCCCGGAGCACACAAAACAUGACAGAUUGCAUCAUUUAUAAUGUGAUGUGCACGGAUCAUGCCCGAACAAAUAAUCACAGCUUCUUAUUAGCAGUUCGUCUUCUCUCACGUUAAAGUGGACAUUCAUCAUGGCGCAUGCUUUAAAAGAUAUAAGGAGUUAUCUUGCAGAGGACGCGAUUAAAAAAAAAAAAAGAAAGAAAACGAGCGUGGGGUCUUCUCUGGCGUGAUAAGCGGGAGGAGGAGUAAACGAGGAAAAGGAAAAGGCGGAGGGAUUGGAGAUGAGUGGGAGCAAGAGACCCCGUCGCGUUUUGACCCUCCGAAACCUUCCCGCACACCGCCACCAUCAUCACGCCUUCUCCUCCUCCUCCUCCUCCUCCUUCUUCUUCCUCUCUUCUUGAGACCGAAAACACAAUCGCUCAUUCCCACCCUUGACAUUUUGCAGCCCGUCGCCGCCCGCUGCGUGGACAGCGAGCACAAGGACGCUCGCUCUCUUUUGGAAGCUUUCCGUCUCUUUUGGACCCUUCCCGACAGCACCGAGCAUCCCGAUCGGCUUGAAAGCGGGAGCGAGCGAGAGGCGCACCAGGCGGAAGCGAGGAUCUCAGCCUCUGCUUUCUGGACUUAAAACACGACUCGAACACAACCGGCAGCUAUUUACGUUUAGGGGCACAGAGGCUGAGCCUGCUGGACUGUAGCCGGGCAGUGCAUCAUCAUCUUGGGGGAAGGACCGACUGGCGAGUCGCAUGGAGAAAAGGUAUGAAGAUCUGGUGCACUACUCGGGGACGGAGGGCAUGUCGAUGGGGGUCUACGGGGAGGAUGUCAGACCACUUCCUACCCCUCAGUACGGAGCCCCCAUCCCCGAUUCCCUCAAACACCACAAGGACCAGAUCUACGGUUUUUGAAAAGUGUGAGCUUGCCACCUGCUCCCCCCGAGACUCCUCCUCCCUAUCGGCCACAUCCCACCUCCCCGGCAUGACAAGUCACAGCGACGUGUGCUCCUCGGAAUCCUUCAACGAUGACAUUGCUGCAUUUGCUAAACAGAUUCGUUCAGAGAAACCAAUAUUUUCUUCAAAUCCUGAGCUGGACAACUUGAUGAUUCAGGCUAUACAAGUUCUUCGCUUUCAUUUGCUGGAGUUAGAGAAGGUGCACGACCUAUGUGAUAACUUCUGCCACCGUUACAUCACCUGUCUGAAGGGCAAAAUGCCCACAGACUUGGUCCUGGAUGAACGGGAGGGAGGCUCCAAGUCUGACAUGGAGGAUUUUAACGGAUCCUGCACUAGUUUGUCAGAACAGAAUGCGUCGUGGUUACGAGAGCCAGAUGAAUGUGCCACCACUCCUUUGGGAACCCCAGGCACCUGUGGUUUGCCUUCGCACAGCACAGCGGACAACUGUAGUGAUACAGGCGACGGCCUGGACACAGGAGUGGCCUCCCCCAGCACAGGAGAAGAGGACGAGUCUGACAGAGAGAGGAGAAACAACAAGAAGAGAGGCAUUUUCCCCAAAGUGGCCACAAACAUAAUGAGAGCAUGGCUCUUCCAGCAUCUAACGCACCCAUACCCAUCGGAGGAGCAGAAGAAGCAGCUGUCACUGGACACGGGUCUGACCAUCUUACAGGUCAACAACUGGUUUAUCAACGCCAGGAGGAGAAUCGUUCAGCCCAUGAUCGACCAGUCAAAUCGCUCAGGUCAGGGUGGUCCCUACAGCCCAGAGGGAGCAGCUCUUGGUUACGGACUUGACGGACAAGCCCACCUCGGCCUCCGAGCAGCAGGUCUUCAAGGGAUGCCGUCUCUGCAGGGGGACUACUCCGGGGCUCUGCUAUCCCAAGCAGCCUAUCCAGCCCACCCAGGACCUUCCAUCCACCCCUACCCGGGCCCGCACCCGCACGCCGCCAUGCUGCUUCACCCGCCGCCACACGCUCACACCACUGAGCCCCUCCUUGCACAAGGACUGGACAUCCAUGCACACUAGCUGUGGAGGGCGUCUGUGUGUGUGUGUGUGUGUGUGUGUGUGUGUGUGUGUGUGUGUGCGCGUGAGAUGAUUUCAACACACUAUUUAAAGAAAACAAGACUAAUUGCUCCAAGAGUUUACAUUCCCUACCCAAAGACAAUGACCUCAAUGUAGCUCUCUCUCUCUCUCUCUCUCUCUCUCUCUCUCUCUCUCUCACACACACACACACACACACACACACACACACACACACACACACACAUACACACACACUGGUUUAAGCCAUACCUCUCUCCGAGUAGAAGUGCUUCCUCCGCUCCCAUCGCCUUCACUGUGUCCUGUGGAUGAGACCAAUGCUUUAACGUUGAUAUCCCGCCACGCGUGUUGUUGGACCACCGCAAGAGACGAUUGGAUGACAGACCAAUAUUUAUCACCAGACAUGUUUUUACACUACAAAGACAUUAACUGGAUGCGCCUCGAUCCUGUGACCAUGCCUUCUUCAAGCUCUGUCUUCCUGCACAAGUGACUGCCCAGAAAACACACACACACACACACACACACACACACACACACACACACACACACACACACACACACACACACACACACACACACACACACACACACACACACACACACACACACUUUUCUCCCACUCUUUAUUUAAGGCUUAUCUGAGUUUUUAUUCUAUUUUUGUAUUUAUGUGAGCCACUCACGGCAGUUGCAGUUUGACCCACGCUUGUUUGAAAUCUUCGUUGCUCGUCCUCAGCAUGAAGCUAAACACGAUGAAUGACUUCCAGUCUGCCUCGCUCUCAUACCACUUACCUCCUUAAUAUGCCAACGGGCGUACGUUGCACGAGCGCGCGCGCACACACAUACACACACACACACACAGACACACGUGCACGCGCACACGGUGGAGACAAGCUCUUCAAGCUUUUGCAUACGUGUUGUGUGUCGCAGCAGUGAGACGGGAGCUGCAGCCAAAGGACUUUAAACACUCUGCUCCCGAUCAACUCUGCUCUGCUCGGACUGCAUUGAAAAAUAUUUCUGAAUGAAUGAUAUGGUCAAAGAAUUAAAAUGUUUUUUUGUACCACA